AAAGUCGAGGGAGUAUGCAGCGCACGCCGAGCACGUCGGAGCGUACGCCGCUCGUACAGCCCGCCUAUGUGUUCGAGUCCAGCAUCUCACGCAGCUACCAGAAACGUCUGCGCAACUUCCAGUGCUUCGUCUGUAUUGUCCUCAUUGUGCUGCUAUCGGUGACGCUGCUGGUCACUGUAGGCUACAACCUGGGCCUGGAGACCAGCGCGCUUGAAAACGAACAAGAUGACAACACGACCCUGCCCGCUACAUUACUGCCUCUACUCAAAAUGACAUGGCCACUAUCAGGAAAGCCAUCAGCAGCAUGGAUGAGUGAGCAUCCGAGCAGCGAGGCCGUGGCUUCCGCAGUGACUGCCGGCCAGGAGGCUCUGGCAGCCAGACGGAAGCUGGAAUCCGGGUUGGUGCCGCUUGCCAUGGAUACGCCAGCGGCGCGGGCGCAGCGCGCAGCUGCCACCAAAGCUGCCGUCAAGCCAUUAGCAGAGUCUGCAUUUGCUGCUGAACACGCUACCAGGGUCCUCGCCAAUGGUACGAAUCCUUCACUGAGAGAGGGCGGCGUGGGCGUGGGGCCCGCCACCAACGGAUCGUUUGCGGAGCCCGCCUACUGCAGGCCCCCGACUGAGCCCUGCGUGAUGUCCAAGUAUCGCACGCUGGAUGGCACGUGUAACAAUAUCAAUAAUCCUCUCACAUGGGGCGUCUCCAACACACCAUUCAGAAGAGUACUUCCACCUGAUUACGGAGAUGGGAUCAGUUCCCCACGCAUGGGCGUGGGCGGCGCGGAACUGCCCAGUGCUCGCGACGUGAGCGUGACAGUGCAUCGGCCGAGCUACGCCCACGACACAACAUUUACGGUGAUGCUGGCCGUGUGGGGACAGUUCGUCGACCAUGAUAUCACCGCCACAGCACUCAGCAAGGGUGAGAACAGCAGCGCACUGUCGUGUUGUGCGCCGGACGCAGAGCUGACGCACCCGGAGUGCUUCCCAGUGCGACUGGACGUGGAGGACCCCUUCUACCAGGACUACAACCUCACAUGUAUGGAGUUCGUCAGGUCCGCUCCCGCGCCCACCUGCCAUUUUGGUGUAAGAGAGCAGUUGAACCAGGCCUCAGCGUUCAUUGACGCGUCCACAGUGUACAGCUUCACGGAGUCUAAGGCAACACAGCUGCGGCUUGGUGUCUCGGGCCAGCUCAAAAUGCUGAAAAUAGGUCCCUGGGAACUGUUACCUCCCUCCACAGAUCCCAACGACGGCUGCAACACUGUCGAGAUGACUGCAAAGGGACGGUAUUGCUUCGAGUCAGGUGACGACAGAGCUAACGAGAACCUACAUUUAACGACGAUGCACCUGAUCUGGGCGCGGCAACACAACCGUGUGGCGAGUGCGCUGGCCGCCCUCAACCCCGGCUGGGAUGACGACGUCCUCUACCAGGAGUCGCGGCGCAUCCUCGGCGCUCAGAUGCAGCACAUCACCUACGCUGAAUUCCUGCCCGCUAUACUCGGUAUGGAUGUGAUGUGGGCACUGAACCUGACUCUGCAGACGGAGGGAUACACCAGCGCCUACGACCCCGACGUCGACCCCUCCAUUGCUAACCACUUCUCCGCAGCCGCUUUCAGAUUUGCUCAUACAUUGCUACCGGGUCUGAUUAGGAACGUGGACGCUGCGAACGGCACAGUGAACUACGUACACCUGCACGAGAUGUUGUUCAAUCCGUACGCGCUGUACCUCGCCCGCGGCACCACCCUCUCCGUCAGCUCCGCCAUCAACACCCCCGUGCACAGCGUCGACCCUCACGUCACCACUGAGCUCAGCAACCACUUAUUCGAGCGUCCAUUAGUACUGAAUAUAUCCUCUGUACCGGUGAAGAAGCCCGGCCCCUGCGGUCUAGAUCUCAUCUCGCUGAACAUCCAGCGCGGCCGGGACCACGGCCUGCCCUCCUAUCCCGCCUGGAGGGAGCACUGCGGCCUCUCCAGACCGAAGACCUUCGAAGACCUCAACGAGAUAUUCGAUGAAUUGUCACUCAGUCGGAUUUGCAAGAUUUAUAAAAAUGUGGACGACAUCGACCUGUACACAGGCGCGUUGGCAGAGCAGCCACACGGCCGUCUUCUAGGACCUACCCUGACUUGUCUGCUGGCUGACCAGUUCUUAAGGCUCAAGAUCGGCGACCGCUUCUGGUAUGAGACCGAUGACCCGCAGGUCUCUUUCACUAUGGAGCAACUGCAGGAGAUAAGGAAAACGACUCUUGGCAGCGUAAUUUGCGCCAACGAGGAUCUCCUAGACCAGGCUCAGCCGAGAGUGAUGGAGGCUCCGAGUGCCACCAACCCGCUGGUCGACUGCAAGGAGUUGCCACAACCAGACUUCACACCUUGGAAAGUACCUGGACCAGUUAUACCUGCACCUAAAAAACCCUCAAAGAAAGAUAAAAAAAUAAAACCAAAAAAGUUAUUGUAGU